GCAAGCUGACCGCCCGGUGCCAUGGAGGAGUGCCCUGCCUGCUGCCAGGCCUGUGCCACCUGCCUGCUCUGUCUGUACAGCUGCCGGUGUGCCUCGGGCAAGAAGAAGAAAGGCCUGAGAACCACCAAGUGCGACUGCAGCUGGUGGCUGCUGCUUCUGGCCGUGUGCCUCUUCACACUCGUCUGGCUCUACUUUGCCUUCGUCCUCCUCAACGACUUCCACAACUUCAACGAGUGGUUCUUCAGGCAGACGCAGUCGUGGGUGGACUGGUCCCCGAUCCUGCUGGCCGCCUCCGCGCUGCUGCUCACCUACUCUGCUCUGCUGCUGGUCCUGGCACUGUGCCUGCAGCUCUGUGGACAGCCCUUGAAGCUACACUGGCUGCACAAGAUCCUCCUGGUCCUCACCGCGCUGCUCGUGGCGGUCGCCUUCGCGGGGCUGGACGUCCAGUGGGCUGAGGAGUGGCAGAGCGCGUAUGUGUCCCUGCAGGCCACGGGUCCCUUCCUGCACAUCGGUGCCGUGGCGGGCAUGACGCUGCUGGCCUGGCCCGUGGCCAGCACCUUCUACUGCAGUAGCAGUGCAGGCCUCCGUGUGCUGCUGCUCCUGGGGUAUUUCGGCAUGAUGGCCGCCCUCUACCUGGCCCCCCUGGCCAUCACCUCCCCCUGCCUCCUGGAGGAGAGCCAGCUGCCCCCCAAGCCAGACCUGUUUGGGCACCGCGGGGCCCCCAUGCUGGCUCCCGAGAACACCCUCAUGUCGCUGAACAAGUCAGUGCAGUGCGGUGUGCGCGUGUUCGAGACGGACGUCACGGUGAGCGCCGACGGGGUCCCGUUCCUGAUGCACGAUGCCAAGCUCACCAGGACCACCAAUGUGCAAGACAAGUUCCCUGACUCGGCUAACAUGAACGCCACCACCUUCAACUGGACCGAGCUGCAGCAGCUGGAUGCCGGCAGCUGGUUCCUGAAGAAGAAGCCUUUCCCCACGGUGCAGAGCCUCUCCGACGAGGACCAACGCCUGGCGGGGCACCAAAAGAUCCCAUCUCUGCAGCAGGUGCUGGGAGAGGCCCGGCAACACAACCUCUCCAUCAUGUUUGACCUCCGGCCCGAGAACCACAGCAACUAUCAGCACUUCAUCAACGCCACCGUGGAGACCAUCCUCCGGUCUGGCAUCCCGCCGCAGAUGAUCCUAUGGCUGCCUGAGGAGUUCAGGGAGCAGGUCAAACAGCAAGCACCCGGAUUUCAGCAGAUCUACUGUCGGAAGAGGCUUCAGAACGAGACGGUGCCUCUGCGGCGAGUGAACCUCCCGUACCAGGACCUGAGCAUGGAGGACAUCAGGCUGUACCGCCAGGACAACAUUUCUGUCAACCUGUAUGUGGUCAACCGGCCCUGGCUCUUCUCCGUGCUGUGGUGCGCUGGCGUUAGCUCCGUGACCACCAAUGCCUGCCAGGAGCUGAAGGAGAUGGACCGUCCCCUCUGGGUCUUGCCCAGCAACACCUACCUGAUGAUCUGGAUCGUUGUGGACUGUGUCUCCAUCCUCCUGAUCCUCUGGGCCUUCAUCCUCCUGCAGAAAUGCUCCCGGAGAAGAGAACCAGCAGAGGCUGAAACGGACGUGCUGCUCACCAAGAUCAAGAGUCUCAUGCAGGAGUGACCCUCUGCCCGCAGCGCCUGGCGGUGGAGGGGACGAGCUGGGGACAGGCGGUGUUGAGCGGGGCGUGCGCAGACGCCCCACUGCCAGCUCCUUUUUU